AUGUAUUCUCAACAACAAAUGGCUCCAAUGCCUCAACAACAACAACAACAACAAAAAUCAACUAUUCAAAAAUUACUUGAUGAUAAUUCUCAAUUAAUAUCAUUAAUUCUUGAUUUACAAUCGAAAGGAAGACAAAUGGAAUGUCUUGAUUAUCAACGUACUUUACAUCGAAAUUUAUCUUAUUUAACACAAUUUGAUAUGACACAAUCUCAUCAUCCAACUAAUUUACCACCUCCUGAUGCAUUUAUUCAAGCACAACAACAACAGCAACCAAUGAUGAUGGGAAAUAAUAUGAUGCAACAAAAUCAAAUGGGCGUACCUCCAUCAUCUUCAGAACAAAUGUAUCGAGCGCAAACUAAUAGCCCAGCUCCAUCAAGUGUUCCUUCAUCAACAUUAAAUAAAAGUCCACAUGGUACUAGUAAUAGUGGUCUUUAUCCUCCAUCAAAUACGCCUUCAACGAAUUCAUCUAUUCCACCAUCUCUUCAACAACAACGAUCACCAGCUAAUUCUGCACCAUCACCAUCGCCAUCUGGUCCAAUAACAUCAUCUAUUUCACCACAAAAUCCAGUUAUGAAUAAAGCACCAACACCACAACCACCAUCAACUCAUUUACCUCCAAUGUCGCAACAGCAACAACGACCUUAUUUACCAUCUCAACCAAUGAUGCAACAACAAGGUAGAGUUAUGAAUGGUACUGGAAUGGAUCAUUCAUCUAGUGGACAGCCACCACCAUCAUCCUACAUGCAAGGACAACAAUCAUACAUGCCUCAACAACAGCAACAACAACAACAUUCAUAUGCAAUGCAACAAAAUGGUUAUGGUCAUCAUCCAAAUGGUAGUAUGCCACAACAACAACAUUAUCCAAUGUAUCAUCAACAACAAAAUCCUGGAAUGCCUGUUCCUCCAAAUCAAAUAGCUAAACCUAAUUCUCCAUUAAAUGGUCAACAACAAUCAAUUAUUCCAGCUCCAUCAUCACCUAAACCUUCAUCAUCAAGUUCACCUUCUCAAGCAACAAACACACAAAAUCUUGUUUCAAAUCAACAACAAAUGACAUAUAAUAAUUAUAGUGGACAACAACAACAACAACCACCUCCACAACAAAUGUAUCAUCCACAACAAAAUUAUCAUAUGCAACAACAACAACAACAACCUCCACCGCAAUGGCAAAAUCAACCUCGAAUGAUGAUGCAACCUCAAUAUGGAUCAUACCCACAAGGACAAUAUCAACAAGCUCCACCACAAACUUAA